GUAAGUGUAGGGAGGCCAGGCUCAGAGAUUCUGAUUUUCUGUCUCAGGGCAAUGGGAGAGGGAGAGAUUAAGCACAGCUGAGGCUUGGCUUGAAAAAAGAGACCCGAGAAAGAUGCCGUUAACGGAGAAGUUACGAAAAUGAGGAAGAUAGAAAGGUUUGAAUAACAGGAGACGUCAACCGUGAACGGUGCCUCAGGGGAGACGUUUUCUGCUUAAAUUGACUCUCACUUUCAGGUGUGCCUUUACACGCCCCGUUUGUUGCCUGGGCCUCUCACCACAGCCUCACAAAUCCCGAAACUCUUUGACAAGGUGUCGGCUUGAGCACAGCCUGCAGAAAAAUUGAAUUUAAUCAUUUCCUGACAGAAGGAUGCAAUUUCCACUGACCUUUCUUUUACACCUGGGGUUGCUCAGUUUCACGAAAGCCCAAGAUAAAUGCCACAGGAGCGCCUGUCAUCCUACCACCGGUGAUCUCCUGGUGGGUCGCAGUGCACAGCUCACGGCUUCUUCUACCUGUGGGCUGGAUGGAGCCCAGAAAUACUGCAUCCUCAGCUACCUUGAGGGGGAACAAAAAUGUUUCAUCUGUGACUCCAGAUUUCCCUAUGACCCAUAUACGCAAUCCCAGAGCCACACCAUUGAGAAUGUCAUUACAAGUUUUGAACCAGGGAGAGACAAGAAAUGGUGGCAAGCUGAAAACGGUCUUGAUCAUGUCAGCAUCAGAUUGGACCUAGAGGUGUUAUUUCAGUUCAGCCACCUUAUUCUGACUUUUAAGACUUUUCGGCCUGCUGCUAUGUUAGUUGAACGUUCCACAGACUAUGGACACACCUGGAAAGUGCUCAGAUAUUUUGCAAAAGACUGUGCUGCUUCCUUUCCCAAUAUCACUUCUGGCCAGGCCCAGGGAGUGGGAGACCUUGUCUGUGACUCCAAAUAUUCGGAUAUUGAACCCUCAUCUGGUGGAGAGGUCGUUUUAAAGGUUUUGGAUCCCAGGUUUGAAAUAGAAAACCCCUACAGCCCCUACAUCCAGGACCUUGUGACAUUAACAAACCUGAGGAUCAACUUCACCAAACUCCACACCCUCGGGGACACCUUGCUUGCAAGGAGGGAAGACCGUUCUCUGGAUAACUACUACUAUGCUCUGUCCAACAUGGUGGUUGGGGGCAGCUGUUUUUGCCACGGCCACGCUAGCGAAUGCAGCCCUGUGCAGAAAGUGCGGGGAGACGUUUUCAGCCCUCCCGGAAUGGUUCACGGCCAGUGUGUCUGUCAGCACCAUACAGAUGGCCCGAACUGCGAGAGGUGCAAGGGCUUCUUCCAGGACGUUCCAUGGAGGCCAGCAGCAGGCCUCCAGGACAGCGCAUGCAGAGCUUGUCGCUGCAACGGCCACUCGGACCGCUGUCACUUCGACAUGACCGCGUACCUGGCGAGCGGCGGCCGCAGCGGGGGCGUGUGCGAGGACUGCCAGCACCACACGGAGGGACAGCACUGUGACCGCUGCAGACCCCUCUUCUACAGGGACCCGCUCAGGGCCAUGUCCGAUCCUUACGCGUGCAUCCCUUGUGAAUGUGACCCGGACGGGACCUUAUCGGGUGGCAUUUGUGUGAGCCACUCUGAUCCUGCUUUGGGAUCUGUGGCCGGCCAGUGCUUGUGCAAGGAGAACGUGGAAGGAGCUAAGUGUGACCAGUGCAAGCCCAACCACCACGGACUGAGCGCCGCUGACCCCCUGGGCUGUCAGCCCUGCAACUGUAACCCCCUCGGGAGUCUGCCUCUCUCGGCCUGUGAUGUGGAGACUGGCCAAUGCGCAUGCCAGUCAUUUGCCACCGGACCACACUGUGAAGAGUGCACUGUUGGAUACUGGGGACUGGAAAAUCACCUCCAUGGAUGUUCUCCCUGUGAUUGUGACAUUGGAGGUGCUUAUUCCAACGUGUGCUCCCCCAAGGAUGGCCAGUGUGAAUGCCGCCCGCACAUCACUGGCCGCAGCUGCACUGAAUCAGCCCCCGGCUACUUCUUUGCUCCUUUGAAUUUCUAUCUCUACGAGGCAGAGGAAGCCACCCCUCUCCAAGGACUUGCACCUUUGAUAGCAGCAACAGCUUUGCCUACGUGUGAUGUGUACUUCCAGCAACAAGGGAGUGAUUUCAUAGUUGACAAAGGCACGAUAAUACUGAAGAGAAAUCAGAAGCAGAGUGUACGUGCUGACGAGCAGAGUGAGGGCUCAGUGACUUUUGGCCAGGUGCCUGCUGUUCACGGUGUUUUCCGAGAACCGGUUCCUGGAAGCCCUACUGCGUGGACUGGACCUGGAUUUGCCCGGGUUCUCCCUGGGGCCGGCUUGAGAUUUGCCGUCGACCACAUUGCCCUUCCCAUGGACUUCACCAUCGCCAUUCGCUAUGAGAUUCAGCCCGCAGCCGACUGGGCUGUCAAGAUCCUGGUUAACCCCCUCGGAAAGAGCAAGCACUGUCCACGUGAGACCCCAUGGCCACGACCUCAGUCCUUCCCUUUACCGGCGACUUCCAGAAUCGUGCUGCUUCCCACGCCCAUCUGUUUAGAACCAGAUGUACAAUAUUCCAUCGACGUCUAUUUUUCCCAGCCUUUGGAAGGUGGGGCCCACGCUCAUUCACACAUCCUGGUUGAUUCACUUAGUCUGAUUCCCCAGAUCAAUUCACUGGAGAAUUUCUGCAGCAAGCAGGAUUUGGAUGAAUAUCACCUGCACAACUGCGUUGAAAUUGCCUUGAAAACAGGACCUCAGAUGCUCCCGGGUGCGUGUGAAAGGCUCAUCGUGAGCAUGUCUGCCAGGCUAAACAAUGGGGCAGUAGCCUGCAAGUGUCACCCCCAGGGCUCGGUGGGGCCCAACUGCAGCCGGCUUGGGGGCCAGUGCCAGUGUAAGCCCCACGUGGCCGGGCGCUGCUGUGACAGGUGCUCCACAGGAAGCUACGGUUUAGGACAUCAUGGCUGCCACCCAUGUCACUGCCACCCUCAAGGCUCAAAGAGCGCUGUAUGUGACCAAAUAACGGGACAGUGCGCCUGCCAGGGGGAGGUGGCUGGCCUCCGUUGUGAUCGGUGCCUGGCAGGCUACUUUGGAUUUCCCAACUGCCGCCCUUGCCUUUGUAAUGGUUUCGCUGAACUUUGUGAUCCAGAGACAGGGUCAUGCUUCAAUUGCGGGGGUUUUACAACAGGAAGAAACUGUGAAAGGUGCAUCGAUGGUUACUAUGGGGAUCCUCCUUCAGGACACUCCUGCCGUCCCUGCCCGUGUCCGGAUGUUCCCUCAAGUAAUCAGUAUUUUGCUCAUUCCUGUUAUCAGGAUCCUUGGAGCUCAGAUGUGAUCUGCAAUUGUCUUCAAGGUUAUGCAGGUAAGCAGUGUGGCGAAUGCUCUGCGGGUUUCUAUGGAAAUCCCAGAAUUUCAGGAGCACCUUGCCGGCCAUGUACCUGCAAUAACAACAUCGAUGUGACUGAUCCAGAGUCCUGCAGCCGGGUAACAGGGGAGUGCCUUAGAUGUCUGCACGACACUCAGGGACCCAACUGCCAGUUCUGCAAACCGGGUCACUUUGGAUCGGCCAUCAAUCAGACCUGCAGAAGGUGUUCCUGCCAUCCUUCCGGUGUGACUCCUGCUGCGUGUCCCCCUGGUCAGGGAGCUUGCCUCUGUGACCCCAACACUGGCACAUGUCCUUGUCUCCCCAACGUCACAGGCCAGACCUGUGACCGUUGUGCUGACGGAUACUGGAAUCUGGUCCCUGGCAGAGGAUGUCAGCCAUGCAACUGCGACCCCCGGACCUCUCACAGUGGCCACUGUGACCAGCUUACAGGCCAGUGUCCGUGUAAAUUAGGCUACGAUGGGAAACACUGCAGUGAGUGCAAGGAAAAUUAUUAUGGUGAUCCACUGGGGCGAUGCCUUCCAUGUGACUGCAACACAGAAGGUACCCAGAAGCCCGUCUGUGACCAGAACACAGGCAGGUGCCGCUGUCGGGAGGGUGUGAGCGGCCCUCGCUGCGAUCGCUGUGCCCGGGGUCGCGGCCAGGAAUUCCCUGCCUGUCCUCCGUGUCACCGGUGCUUUGAUCAGUGGGACCGUGCUGCUGCUUCCCUCUCCAAAGCAGUGCAAGGGUUAAUUGGGCUGGCUGCUAACACGGAAGAUAAAACAGAGACCCUGCUUGUCUGUGAGGCCGACUUCAAAGGCCUCAGAGAGAACAUGUCUGAAAUAGAAAGGAUUUUAAAACAUCCUGUUUUCUCAUCUGGGGAAUUCUUAAAAGCCAAGGAUUAUCAAGACUCUGUUCGGGAACAAAUCACGCAGCUAAGUCUGCAACUGAAAGCAGUACAUGAAUUUCAAGAUCUGAAAGAAACAAUGGUAAGAAUGAAGAACGAGGCAGACCUCUUACUUGAAGAUCUUUGGAAAGAAAUUGAUUUGCGCUCCCGGGCCCAUACUGCAAACAUCAUGGAUCCCUCAGAGACUAUCAAGAAGCAUUAUCAGAGGUCAUCAUCUGCUGAAAAGAAAGUUACUGAAACCACUUCUAUCAUAAAAAACUCUGAAAAAACCAGGAAUGACUUACAUAGCAUGUUUGAUACGCUAAGCUCAAAAGAAAACUUGUCAUUGGAAAAAUUAAAGCAGAUUACAGUCCCGGAUAUCCAAAUACUGGUUGAAAAGGUGUGUGGGGUACCAGGGGACAUGCCGUGCGUGCUUCCGUCCUGUGGGGACCCCAGCUGCCGUGGCUCCCGGACCCUCUCCGGCCAUGCCCUCCAGCAAGCUCAGGAAGCAGAGUCUGUGAUUCAUAAUUUGAGCGACCAGGUUCAAGGUUGGAAGAAUCAGCUCAAAAAUGUAAGUAAACUGGCAGAAGUCUCCAAAAGCAAUGCCUUACAGCUGAGUGAGAAACUGAGGAAUAUGAAAAACCAAAGUGAAUCUGAAGAAGAAAAAAUGAGUCUUUUAAUCAAACAACUGAAAAAGUUUUUGUCAGAGGAAAAUGUGCCUCCGGAGGACAUAGAGAAGGUUGCAAAUCGUGUACUUGACAUCCAUCUACCAAUAGCAUCACAAAAUCUAACCCGUGAACUUGACAAGAUACGAAAACUGAUGCAGCUCUGUGAGGACAACAGAACAGAUGCGGGCAGGCUAAAUAAAGCGGCAGACGAAGCCCGAAAGGUUUUGGUGAAAGCAAAGGGAGCUGAAAAAGCAGCAAAUGUUCUACUAAAUCUUGACAAAACGCUGAAUAGAUUGCAACGAGUUCAAACCACCCAAGGACGGAUAAAUUCUGCCAUCACACAGCUGACUGCAGAGAUAACAAAAAUUAAAAAGAACACCGUGCAGGCUGAAAAGGAAGCCAAGGACACCGAGAACAAGCUGGACUCAGCAAAGCAGCAGUCGGUGCUGGAAGCUGGACUCUCCCAGCUGCGGACCACGUUGCAAAGGAACCGGGGGCGAGCGGCCCGCGUGAGAGCUCAGGCUGCAUCGGCCCAACGCCAAGCUGGGGGCCUUGAAGAGGAGUUUGCAGAGCUAAGCAACCAAUAUGCUGUUCUUCAGCAUAAGACAAGUGCUACAGGACUGACAAAGGUAACAUUAGAUAAAGUGGAACAGCUAAAAGAGGCGGCAGAAAAACUGGCCACAGAUACAGAAGACAAGAUAAGAAGAAUAGCAGAUUUAGAAAAGAAGAUCCAAGAUUUGAAUCUGAGUAGACAAGAAAAAGCUGACCAACUGAAAGAGUUGGAAGAUCAAGUUGUUGCCAUUAAAAAUGAGAUUGUUGAGCGAGAAAAUAAAUAUGCUGCUUGCUACAGUUAGGCAGAGGGGACGUACGAAGUCACCUGUGCCUUCUUUUCUGGCUUCUGACAAGUAAACCUGAGGAGCUGUGCUGAACGUGGGAAACAGAAAUGGUCAGUCCUGCCUGCCUCCCCGUCCCGAGCCCGGUCCUUGCCAGAGAUCUGAGCUGGGCCCAGGCAAUGCUGUUCCACGUGGAAUAGAAAGGGGGAAGCAGAGAAAUCGCCUCUGGCUUGAGAAACCUUUCCUCUUGCCUUCCUUUCUCUUUCAUAACCUAAAAAUAAUUUGUUACAUAUGGCAAGCACA